AUGAGUCUGAAUUGCCUCUCGUGCGGUGGCUACGAGUCGCCUUCGCCGAAGAGGAAAGCCAGCUCGGAGCAGGACGGGUUGUCGUGGAUGUCACGGUGCUGCGGCGUCGACCGGAGCUGGUCGGGGAACCUGACUCCGCCGCCGCCGCCGGCGUACGGGACGCUGAGGAGCGGGUCGGCGAAGUACAGCAGCCAUGGUGGCGGCGAGGCGAGGGAGAUGGGGCAGCACCGGAGGAUAUGGAGCACCGGGAGCGCGUUGAUGGAGGAGGAGAUGUCGGAAGCGGAGGAGCCUCGGCUGGUGCGCAGCAGAGGGAUGAGGAGGGAAUGGAGCUUCGAGGACGUCCAGAAGAGUAAUACUACUAAUCGCCGCACCUCCGCCGCCAAUAAUCUCACUUAA